ACACUCCAUGACGACUUGUACGGUAAUAUGAAGAGCAAGUAGACUCGUCUUUUGAACAGAUCAGAGGAAUUUGUAUGCGAGAAGCUUAUGUGGUGACUUCAUAAAUCUGUGUACGUAAAAUGAAGCAGUUGUCGAUUUUCUUUUUGAUUUAUGUCCUUAACAAUUGCAAAUGUGGACGUAUUUGCAACACCUUAGUGCUGACAAGUAGACUGACUAUGAAGAUCCCAGAGAGCUACACGUAUCUACUGGUUAACUCUGUAACAGCGAUGAAUUUAACUGAUUGUGCAUCUACAUCUGCCCUCACCUGGAACUGUGCGUCUUUCUUCUACCAGGAGGCAAACAACACAUGUCUCAUGUACAAAAGCAAAAUGUCAGCGUUAACUUUGAAAACGGAAUCAGGUUGGGUUGGAUUUGAAUUUCAAGGGCGGCCAAUGCCAGAAGUGACUUCAGCUUGUGAAUCCACAAAUGGUUAUACCUUCAACUCCGACGCCCAUAUGUGCUACAGGGUCCAGAAAACCCCAACCGUGACAUGGCAGGAUGCUGUUAAUGCAUGUAAAUCAGAGGGUGGUAUCAUGGUCAAGCUGAACACAACUGAGAAGAAACGAGUCCUUGAAGGCUACCUUUCACCUGUGCACAACAAGUAUUUUCUUGGGGCAACGGAUACCAUCGUUGACGGAGUGUGGCGAUGGGAGUCGGAUGAUACAGUUGUUACCUGGCUGGAUAAAACGGGCUCUGACGACUGUAUGAGAAUGAAACUUGACACUGACAACUCAGUCGUAUACGACGAUGACGAAUGCGACGAUAUGAAUGGUUUCUUUUGUGAAAUUUUUGUGUAAUGUGCCUGAACAGAUAAGGUAUGACAGCGUGUUCAUGGUGAAUAAUUACCUUUCCUUUGCAUGUGUUUGUAAUGGGUGCCAUUGGUAGACAAGCAACGCUUGCCAUUUCGCGAACACUUGAUAUCAUCAUGAUUUGUUUGUGGUUCACAAGCACAUGUUGCCAUAGUUUGGUUUUUUUGUGUUCGCUGUUUAACGCCGCAGUCAGCAAUAUUCCAGCUAUAUGGCGGCACUCUGUAAAUAAUCGACACUGGACGAGACAAUCCAGUGAUCAACAACAGUAGCGACCUAUGUAAUAAGGAAACUAUAAGUUAUCGAGUCUGACCUUCCGAUCCCGUUUGUCGCUUCUUACCACAAGCACCAAUUCUAACCCGAAUCUUCACGGGUGUUGUCAUAAUCGGAAUGGUUCAAUGUACUUGAUUCUGGAGUCCCCAUGGUCCCUAGUAUGGUGAUCUACCUUCUGUUGUUGGCGAUCUA